AUGUCGACAGAGAUACCAGCUUUACCGCCUCGUAAGAUGGCCACAACGGUACAGAUAGAAAACGAAGCCAAGACGCUGCUCGAUUGUCCAUGCUACUCACCCAUGGCAUUGCUCGCUCAUUUGGAGACCUUCUCCAGUGACCACAAACACGUUUUCAAGCGCUUGGUUGUAGAAAACAACAACUUGGAUCAGGAACCAACAGCACAAGACACACUGGAAGAGACAGAGGAUUUGGAUAGUACGCCCGCCAUAGUUGUUGAAAGCACUACAACAUCUCGAUACAUUUGCCAAGUGUGCCAUGUGUGGUUACUGGUACAGCGCAACAAGGAGAAUGCCGAGAAAUGCCCAGCAACAGACUACCUGUGCCAUCAUUACCAUUCGCAGAGCUUGGGUGGGUAUGAAUGUUGUGGAUGUCAGUACUCAUUGGCCACCGAUAUAAACGAACCUGUCUUGUCGAUGACGGUGGUAAAGCGAUUAGAAGCGACACGACUGAAGGCGAGAUCCUAUGCUGCUUUGAUGCAGAAUAAGGGAGAUAUGGAUCCUACACUCGUCAGCACAUAUACCACAGUAUUGGUCUACAUCAGGGAUCUGUUGAAUGGCGUCAGGAGAAACAUCAAUUCAGUCAACCCCAACUUUCUUUCUCGUAUUGGACUCAAUGACGGCAGUCAUGCAUUACUAGAAGCAAUUGGAUUUUAUUUCGAGGACAGCUAUUUCAUGGCACCCGAUAUUGAACCUGGAUCUCCUGCAGAGCAACGACUGAAGCUGUUACAACAAGAAAUCAUCCUGUCAUUAGACACAUUACGACAAGAUAUGGGUUCCACCACCGUCCCAGUAACUUCUGCAGAGGCCAACUUCAAGGUAAAGACAGCGGACAUGCAACAGUUACUUGGCAUUGUGCCCUCGCUUGAAACCCGGUACAUUGCCAACAACGACUAUGUCAACAAAGCCUAUGCUUCCUUUGGACUGACAUCAGGGGCUGCAGACACUUUGGUGUCGUGGGCCUACAAAAAAGCCAUUAGCGAGCCUUCCAUUAUCAUGGACGAAUACGAUGCGAUGGACAGCUUGAUGACGAUAGCGAAUCACACCAAUUCUGUCGUGCUGCAAACAUUGAUUGCAUGUGAGCGUAGUCAGGGAAAGAUUGGCAGAAAUGACAUUGGAGAUGCAUAUGCUUAUUUUGGAGUGACAGCGGAUGCUGCAGACGAUGGACUCUUGACUGGGUUGUACAAGGUGAAGCUAUCAGACGAACCGCUGGAGAAGAGCACGAUUCAGGACAAGCUCAAAAUCAUCGCUAUAGCUAGAAACAGUGCAGAGCUGAUCCAGUUUUUGAAAGAGGAAAAGGGCAUCACAUCAUCCACCAAUGUCCAAUCAGUGGAGGAUCUGAUGGGAGUUCCAGCACAUAUGAUCCACAAUCAGCAAUCCAUACCUGUCGGCUUGAACAAUAUAGGCAACACAUGCUACUUUAACAGUCUUUUGCAGUAUUACUACACCUUGCUGCCUUUCCGUGAUACAAUGAUCAACAUUGAGGAUUACGUGGAGGAUGAGAACAGUGAACCCAAGAAAAUUGGCGGUAUUGAGGUGGAUCAAUCAGAGAUUCGACGUGCCAAGAAAUUCGUGGGUCUCUUGCGAGAGCUGUUUCUUAAUCUUCACCAAACCAACGACAGAGCCAUCUCGCCUCAGACUGACUUGGCCUACAUGGCUUUGCUCAAUGAAAAGGACGAUCAAGACGAUGCAGCUACUGCAGAUGUCCCACAGUCAGAACAACAGCAGCAAACCUCUAAAGAAACUGAUGUCAACAUGGAGGCAGUGACAGAGCCUGUUUCAGACGAAUCCACUGCCAUGAUGACGGACGAUUCUUUUGCAUCACUACAAACUGCUAUGAAAGCAUCUGGAGCUAGGGACGACCAAGUACCCGCGGUCUCUCCCUUGCAAUCUAGUGAAUUACCCACAGAGGAUCCUCAUGAAGAUGGCAUGGCCUCUAUGCAGGAAGAUAUCCGUUCUGACUCGCCUCCACCAGCCUACCAGGACAUUGCCUCUUCUUCCUCAAAGCAAAAUGAGCCUGAAAAUAAAAAAGCACCAAGCUCGUCGACUGCAAAAGCACCCAGCAAACCCAAGCAAAGACCUAGCGUGGAUACGAUGAUGUUUGGCAAGCAGCAAGAUGUCACCGAGUGUAUGGGUAAUGUCAUGUAUCUGGUAGAGGCAGCACUGAAGCCUUUGCAUAAGACGGAAGAUGGAGAGCAAGUGGAUGACAUGAUCCGCCAAACAUUCUAUGGUAAAGCGCGUCAAAUCUUGUCUUAUCGUGAUGACAGCACACUGCAAGUCGUCAAGAAGGAGAUGGAAGAAGACUUUUCUCAUGUGAUUGUGGACGCGUCUGAAAGCAAAGAUCUAUAUGAUGGCCUGGACGAGUACUUUUUUGCAGAGCAUGUGGAGAACUUCCAAGGCGGCCAUGAAGCAACUCGCGAAGUAACAGUAAAGACAUUCCCUCCUAUUCUUCAGAUCCUUGUUCAGCGAGUCCAGUUUGACAGGGCUACAGCGAACGUCUACAAAUCCAAUGCCAACAUCCAGCUGGAAAAAACCAUUUACCUUGAUCGAUACGCUGAUACCAACUUUGAUGCUUUGAAGGAGAGAAGAGCGGAAGUAGCUGAAUGGAGAGCUGAGCUCGAUAAAUAUAAGAAACAAGUUGCCGCCUACUCGAAAUCAGACACAUGCCAUAUGCCAAUCCCUGACUUGUUGGAAGCCGCUGGUCAGGUCUUGCACGAUUUCAGCUUAGAAGAGACAUCAGAGGAGAAGAAAGCCAAAUUCAAGAUUGCAUUGGCCUUAUUACACAAGGAGGCUCAAAAGACCAAGCAGCUGGUGCAAGAAGGCAAUGCUAAGAUUCAAUCACUCAAGGAAAACAUCCAAAAGCAGUACAAUGACUACACACAGUUGGCCUACAAUCUGCACGCUGUCUUUAUUCAUCAAGGCCAAGCAAACUACGGCCAUUACUGGGUGUAUAUCUACGACCACAAAGGAGACCAGUGGUGGAAAUACAAUGAUUCUUUGGUGACCAAAGUGAAUGAAUCUGAAAUUUUGCAUGAUACCACUGGCUCUACCGCAAACCCUUAUUUCUUGGUCUACGUAGAUGCUACUAAAAUGGAUGAUUGCGUAGAAACGAUCAAACCUAACCAUGUAUAA